GAACGCAUCCAGAGGKUUGAUAUUGAAUGGAAAAGGCCCUCUGUCAAAAUUGAAAUCACUGGACUACUUUGUUCCAGAACUAUCAGCGAAAAAAUCAAAAAACCAAAUCAGUUUGGGUUUCAUUUCCGAAGUCCUCUUCGCCCUAGUAGAAUAACCCUCAACAGACAAUAAGAUUAAGCUGGAGUGCGUGGGCUGUCAUUCAAUUUUUGAACGAUGACAGAUUACGGAACUGAGUUGCUUCGCCGCCAAUUGGCUGGUACGUCUUCUUGUUCAGAUGUGUCAGCUUCGUUGCAUUUGUGGAUACUGUUAUUGAUACUGGGCACAUUGCAACCGCUUGUUUGGUUUAGAUACUCUCGUCGGUCCAACAAGACAGGUCACGACGCGCUGUACGCAGAAGCACCGUUGAAUUCCGAAUCCGCACCGCCCACGCUUCGAUUGACACAUGUCUGUUGACAUUUUAUGAUGGGAAGGAAAUUUUCUCACAUUCACUUUGUUGCGCUUGUCGUUUUUGUUGCCCCUUGAACAAAAAAGACCUAUGCAAGAACCCUAUCGAUCUUGUAUCUGUGGGUUUGGCAGACGACAGCAAUCUAUACGAGUGGGAAAUCUUGAUCAUGGGGCCCGACGGAACUCUUUUUGAAGGAGGAUUUUUCAAGGCGCGUUUAACAUUCCCUGCUGACUUUCCGAACAUGCCGCCAACAAUGACCUUUAUUUCUGAAAUGUGGCACCCGAACGUCUACGAAGACGGUAAGGUUUGUAUCUCUAUCCUUCAUCCACCCGGUGAGGACGCAAUGAACUCGCAAGAGCUCGCUAUCGAGCGAUGGAGACCAAUCCUUGGCGUAGAACAAAUCCUUAUUUCAGUCAUUUCAAUGCUAUCCGAUCCCAACGACGAAAGCCCCGCUAAUUUGGAUGCCGCGGUCCAGUGGAGAAAUGAUCGACCAGCCUUCAAGAAGAAAGUGCGACAAAUUGUACGAAAGAGUCAAGAGGAGUAAGAUGCGCGACAAUGUUAUGUUUGGUCACGGUAUACAGCGACAAGAAUGCGCUGCGCUCUGCUGUUCCUUUGGAUGCCGCAUGGUGAUGAACCAGGAUGGAGCAUCGAGCCUUUCUUUCCGAUGUUGCUGCUUUGUGUGAUUGCUGCUUCGUUUGGUUUUGUAGCAGUGUGUGUAUCCAUUUGCCUAGCAACGAUAAACGUGGUUUGAAAAUACCUACUGUAAAUGAUACUGUAGUCAGUUGGAUUUUAGUGGGAAUAAUCUUCAACACUUACUAUGUACGGUUAUGAAUAGACAUCUGAUUAUACC